UUUGUUCGUUUUUCUCCAGGUCCAUCACUGAGUGCCCAUGUCGCGUCUCAAGGAGACAGCGUGUGUUCUCUCUGUUUGGUGAUCCGCGCGGUGAACGAAAAGUGACAAAAUGUCGAUGAGAGGACGAUUUUCCAAAGAUUUAAAAGAGGGCGUAAAAGCGUGCCUGGGCAAGAAUGUCAAGAUCACUUUGCAGGCGUUGGUGAAGAUGGAAACGAAAGGAGACAAGACGGAAUCCAGAGUAUUGGCAUUUUGUGCUUGCCGUCUAUUUGUUCUGACGGCGAAAGUCCCAACGAGGAUUGACUUUCAUUUUCACUACCUGGAGAUACAAGCCAUCGAAAGCAGAAAACCGAACCAGCUGUCCCUGACGGUUUGUGACAAGGUUUACACAUUUUAUCCGGCCGAAGAUGGUGGCAUGGAAGUGGAUAAUAUGAUAAUCUGUCUUGGUACUCUCGUGAAAACGAUUUUCCCCUCUGUACCGUUGGAAUGUAUAAUUCGUAAAAUUGACGUUCCGAAUCGACGAAUUCAGCAAAUGUAUGACCAUAAUCGACAACUGGAAGAAAAGGAUGUUCGUGAGCCAAGUGCUUGUGGAGGCUAUUCGAUGCAGUACGCUUGUAUGUGUGAUUACCACGGAUUGCCAUACAGAGAAGAGGUUGCAUGGGAUGUCGACACAAUUUAUUUGUCCCACGAUUUGAAAGAACUUUCAUUGCGGGACUUCGAUCAUCUUGACCAAAAAGACCUGAUUCCUAUAAUAUCUGCCCUGGAAUAUAAUACCUGGUUCAAAAAAUUCCGUGCGAGUGGACUCCGACUCAAUCAUGAGUCAUUAGACCGUUUGAAUGCGGUGCUGCGAAAAUCUCUCAGCUUGGAGGAGUUAUAUCUCGACAAUGUGGGGCUGAAAACCGAUCAUAUUCAGAAGAUAUCGCUUGCUAUCGGCGAAAAUAGCAAGACCGUUCUGCAUACCCUCGACCUUUCUCACAACCUGAUCGAAGACCGAGGUGUGAGUCAUCUGGUCGGACCGAUUGCCAAACUACCGAAAGGUUUCAAGAAACUGUGUCUGAGUUGCUGUUCUGUUUCACCAAAAGCCAUGAAUCAAAUUUUCCAAGCGCUUACAGCAAAUCCUGCUCAACCAUGCCCACUAAUUCACCUGGAUCUGUCAGGGAAUGCGCUCAAAGAAGACUGUCCAAAAAUGUACACCUUUAUGGCCCAACCAAACAGCAUUACGUUCUUGGAUUUAUCAGGAACAGAGUGCUCAUUGGAAGCAAUAUUUGGAGCAUUGUUGCGAGGAUGCACUACGAAGCUGAGUUAUUUGAAUUUAUCAAAAAAUACCUUCAGUACAAAAAAAGGCCGGGAAAUUCCGCCCUCGUUCAAGCAGUUUUUGACUACAUCUCUUGCGUUACGUCAGCUUGUGAUGGCUUCAUGUAAACUGUCUCCCGAAGCCCUGAAGAACUUGCUUUUGGGUUUAGCUUGCAACGAAAGCACAGUUGGCGUCGAUUUAGAUAUCAGCUCCAAUGCUCUUGGAUCACCGGGAGCUGGUGUGUUGGAGUCCUGCGCUCAUGGAAUUAAAAGCUUGCAGGCACUCGAUAUAAGCGACAAUGGCAUCGAAAGUGAUCUGGCUGGUGUGAUAGCUUCCGUCAGCAAAAACAAGUCUGUGAAGCGUCUCAAUAUUGGACGUAAUUUGUCUGGAGCGAAGUCUAAGCAUAUCGUUCUGGUCAUGGAUGCCGUGGUUCAGAUGAUCCAGGAUGAUGAUUGUGUUUUGGAAAGCCUUUCGGUUGCAGACUCGAAGUUGAAAUCGGAUAUUUCCCGAUUAAUCAACGCGCUUGGAGGGAAUCAUUGCUUGUGCGAAAUAGACUUGAGUGGCAACUUCAUGGGCGAUUCUGGCGCUCGCUUGCUUGCGAAGGCUCUACAGAUUAACAGUAAACUUCGCUCCGUUGCGUAUGAUCGUAAUGGUAUCGGGCUUCAAGGAUUUCAGGAUAUUGCUUCCGCCCUGGAAAGCAAUUAUUCGUUGAAAUCGAUGCCAUUUCCAAUCCAUGAUGUGAUGACAUGCCUGAAAGCUGCUCCGGAUAAAACUGAAGCUGUGAUGAAACGUAUCCAGGAUCUUCUGCAGCGAAAUGUUUCACCGAAGAAGUACUCCAAUGGACAGGCAUUCCGACUUCAACAAGGCUUCCUUAUGAGUUCAACCCAGCAGAUGGUUGAUAAGCUGGUCAUUCAAACUCAAGAUACAAUCCGGAUUCUGCGCCAGCAGGGUGAUAGCGCUAUUUCGCCGGAAAUAGAGAACGCAGAACAUUUGAUCUGCGAUGCUGAUAAUUCCAAGCAGCUUCUAACUCGCCUUCAUGAAGUUGUUCUUGAAAAAGAAGAAGGUGGCAAUCCUGUGACGCUCAAAUUGAAAUCUCUAUCGGAUGAGCUGCAAAGCACUAUAAUGAAGUAUCUAAAGGACACCGUCGAUAGUAUGGUGCAGUGUGCGGUUGAGCAGUGUCCACGUGUGCUUGGAGACGAAGCUGUUAAAAAGGAAUUGCGUAAAUCGUGUGAAAAAAAGUGCUCUUUUUGUAGUAACAUCGUGCAAGGAGCGAUUGUGGAACAAGCGGGGACGGAUAUUGUCAAUAAAAUCAGCGAAAUAAAUCUGGCUGUGGCUGCGCAUGUGUCGGAUCGAAUAAUCGAUGAAGUUAUCGAGUCGCUUUCCAAGUCGUACAAGUCAUUGCAUGCUGGUGUGGAUGACUUGACAGACGUUACUCGCACCAGGAGAUCUGGUAGUGCUGCAUCGACAGGAAGCAGCAAUCAGCUCGGUUUUCCAAAUUUUUCACCGUUGAAUGGUAGUGGCUCAUCUCAGUCCAAUAUCAUGGGUUCGAUACUCGGAAGAGUUCCGAAUAAUGCAGACAUAUCCCCUGGGGCGACGCCACCACUUUCUUCCAAGCGCCGAAGUCUGCAUGGGAGGAAGCUCAGGCCGGUGUCAGUUGUUGAUGUCGUGGAAGGAAUAAAUGCUGACGCCUUACCGGUUCGUCUGCCACCGAUGUCGCCUGAAGAAUCAGAUGAGAGUUUGGAUACGGUUGGCGAACUUCCAUCCAAUGGCAGUCAAUUGCAACAUCUUGGAAAAGCCCGCCCGAAGAGAUUAAAAACCAAGGCUCCCACGAGACCCUCAGUCCGAAGUUCCUAUUCUGACGCCGACCGCGAAGAGCAAGAAUUGCAAGAAGGUCUUGAUGAUUUUUUUGGUUCGACUGGCUCCGCUCCGAAUUCCCCAAUGUCUUCCCCGACAAUGGACGACAGCCCACGCCUUGUCAAGUCAACGUCGAAUUCCGUGGACAGCAGUCCAACUCAUGCUGUCUUGUCUCACCAAGCUCGUAGUUCCGGAACGGCUGAACCCAGGCGCAGUGAUGCAAGUAGUGAUGCAAGCGAGCACAAUUUUUCGCGAAAAGGCUCUGAAAAGCAAGGGAAAGCCGAAAAGAAAGAAAAGACAACUUCGCUUAUGGUAAAAGGGAUAUCCAGCGUCUUCAGCAAAAUGGCGGCCGAUAAAGUUACGAAGUCAAAAGACAAAGAUAAAGCGGAUGCGAGUAUCAGCAGUUCCUGUAGCAGUCGAGCAGAAAAAUCGCCAUCCUUGUCGCGUCGAAGCGAAGCAUCCUCGCCAAUCGGGAUGGAUAAAAUAGCCAUGUCUGGAGGCUCCAUCUCUAUUUCAUCUUAUGAUGAAAGCGACACCUUGUCACAGGCCAGUGACGCCACACUCGAAGGAGGCGGUCCGCCAAGUGAAGGUGAGUCACCGGACGGAUCCUUGAGAGAAUGGAGCGAGCCGAGGAUGAGAAAGCAAGCUGGUGGAGUUCCAAGGAUGGGCCUUGGGGUGAAUAUUCUUGCCGAAAUGAAAGCACUUCAGGAGAAGCGAGCGUCCGCCAUGUACACCAGCAAAUCUGGUGAUGAUUUUGGCUUCGAAGAUAAGAAGAAAGAAGAGAAAGGAAACGCGUCUCCUGUUUUGCUUUCGUCCGUCAAGUUGCGCUCAACGGGUCUCGCUGAUUCUUUGAAGUCACCUACAAAUGGCUUUCCGAAAACGGGUGCUGACGUUGCGGCAGGUGGAACCGCGACCACGGGCAGUUCCAUUUUCAAAAGUUCUCCGAAGAAUAUCGAUCCUGGACUUGGUCAAGCAAUCAAACCGACGCCAAAUUCCAAGCCUAAGCCACCGCCGCCGAUUGCACCGAAGCCAAGACCGAAAUCCAUGGCCGGUCUUGAUGCGUCUAGAUCGAGUGACAUGAGUGACGCGUCUGAACCGAAUACUCCGGAAUCGGGGGAAACGCUUGACGAUAAGCUAGAUUCCGGGUCGAUCUCGAAUCCCAUGGAUUUGCGGUCUCGUCCCACUUCUGUUGGAGGAGCAGCUCUAGGUUGCUUCCCAACGACGCUUCCUUCCCAUCCGCACGAUUUUGGGUCGACGGCACUUAUUGGGGCUACUGCAUUGACAGGAAAACGGAAGCAAAAUUCUGUUCCUCCUUUACAACCAUUACCAACAAGCGGACGCUCUGCGUCGCCUAAUCGUAGAAUAGGACAGGCUGCCGAAGGAAGUGAUAAUCCGAUGUCAGGCAGAAUCCCUGCUAGACGAUUAUCCAGUGCAGAGUUCGAGGAAUUGAAGGAAACAUCAGUUGAUGACAUGAAAGGCGAACUUUUUGGAAGCGACGAUGAGAAAGUGAGUGAAAAAGCGAUCGCCUUCUUGAGACAACCAUCCACCCCUGGUCCCGCACCGCCUUCUGUGACUCAAGAAGACCUGAUCCUUGAUGAUGUGGUCAAUGUCUGAAGACGUGCUUCUCUUCGAUUGGAAUUUUUCCCACCAAACGCAUGAAUAUGGCGUCGCUAAUUUAGGGUCAGCCAUCGCAAUCCGUGGUGUUAUACAUUAUCUCCGAUUUCUGUUUUUCCAUUCCAAAGCGUGUUGAGCUUUAAUCGUCUAUUAAUGCCAUUUGUUUGGGACUCCUGACGCCUUCGUAAUUUGGUGCAGCUCUUGAAAUCUUAUUCCGUUUUCAAAUGUUUCCUCGCGCACUGUCAUAAUUCCGGUUGAAGAGUCCCAAGUCUUGUCGGGUGUCCUUAUACGAGUUGGGUCAUCCCAUCUUGGUUUCAAGGUGGGUAACGGGAGAAGAAUGCAAGUUCAGCGUGCAUUCGUUGAGCAAAGCGUCUCAGCCUCCGGGUGAUUAAAUGAUUACCAACCGGGCUGGGCAACCUAUGUAUCUCACCGUUCUCAGAAUGCGAGGCGUUGAGUUUUUGUGAUAGUCCGAACAAAAGUUUUGUUCAAAUCUUUUCAACGAGCGACAUAACGAAGUGAGGAAUCGAAAACAAUUCCUCAAUUAUGCGAACAUGAAAUUUCUGUCCUGGAAUUAUGAGAUUAUAAUUGUAAUUUAUUAUUCCGCCUGGAACUUCGUGUGAUUUUGAGAUGCCUAUGUUGCAUUGAAGUUCAUUCGUUCAUACAUGGAAAGGCAGCAAUUUUUUUUUUGCUUAAGCUUGCAUCUCAACGGAAACCUUCGGAUUUGAAUUUUGGUUUUUACCACUCAUUGCUUCGCCGUGCCAUGGCUCGAAGGGUUAUUACGAAGUUUGAGCCAGAAUUAUUUUCGUACCUAGCUGCCAGUUGGUGCCACUGGUAUUUGCUUUUCUUGACCUCAUGCGUAACAAAACGCUAUCGAAGGGUUUUUUCAUUCGAUCGACCUGCUCUUGUCAUCGCGAAGUGGACUGAAAUCAACGUUUGUGGCAUUGUUUCAAGAUUACCUCGCAAGUCUCACGAUCAGCAUAACGGCGCGGCUUCGUGGAACCGCGAUUUGUGAAUAGCCAAGUGCCAGUUGUUCGUGGUGACGUUUUCGGUCCGACCUUGCAGGAUUCUUGCUCUGUCCCAGAAAAAGCGUAGACAUCCGCUCACAAGGUAGUGCGUCUCAAUUGAGGUGGCAAUCAUUUUGGGUCCGUUGACGUUCCCUCGAUUGUUACCACUGCCGCGUUGCGACUGGCUCGCGGUGUUUUUGCAUUUUCUUUGCUAUUUGGAAUUCCAUGGUGCUUUUGAGACAAAGUUGUUUGACACCUCCUAUUUAUUUCGUGUUGCUAUUGUGCGUGAUUGUAGCUCAUUCGAAGCUGUGUCGUUGCAAUUAUGUCGGGGUAUACAGCGCUUAGGUUUCGUUUCCUUUUAUUAUUCGGGGUGUGGGUGAGUCCGAACUCGAUUCUCAUCUGAGCUUAUGCUUGGCGCUGACAUUGGAAAUCGCGUAUCCCUCUUGCUUUUCGUAUCUACUCGUCAGUAUUUGGUCGUCGUGGUGAAGCUCUAAAUUCGCGAUUAUGCUUCCGUUUUUGUUGGAUGAGUGCUUGUUCCACAUUCCAUCAUCUAUGUCAAGUUGGGAGUUACGUAAAAAUUACUUUUUUUAUAGUGAGAUCAGAUGACGAGUAAGAAUGAAACAAAAACUUUAUAUGGUGAGAUA